AUGGCCAGUAGUGCUGCAGGUUCCUCAUCACCUUCACAUCUUACACCUCUCAAAUUUGCAAAUACCUCCACUCUGCUCAACGUUGCCUACUACGAAGCUGGACCAUCUAAUGGCUCUGCUGUUAUUCUAGUCCAUGGAUUCCCCUAUUCCAUUGACGCCUUUGCCUCGGUGGUACCUCUCCUCACGAAGCAAGGAUACCGGGUGAUUGUGCCCUAUCUUCGAGGCUAUGGUGAAACAACCUUCAUUUACCCAGACACUCCUCGAAGCGCCGAACAAGCAGCCCUAGGAUCGGACAUUAUUGCCCUCAUGGACGCAAUCCAUAUCGAUAAGGCAAUAUUUGCAGGUUAUGACUGGGGUACAGUAGUCGUCAACGUCGCCGCAGCACUAUGGCCCGAACGCUGCAACGGUCAUGUCGCCGCAAAUAGCUAUCUGAUCCAGAACCGAAGCACCGCAUGGGUCCCUCUAGAUCCUGACUCUGAGGCGCUUCGUUGGUAUUAUUAUGUCUUCUUAACUGCCCGCGGCGCAGCAGGUCUUGCAUCAAGUCCCAAAGCGUGGGCGCGCAGUCUGUGGCAGAAGAAUUCCAUUGGAUGGAACUUUACCGAAGAAUAUCUCGAUCUCACCGCGACGGCGUUUGAGAAUCCAGAUUAUGUUGAUAUUGUGCUUAAUUUUUAUCGUAAUCGGCUGCUGUAUGCUCCUGGUGAUCCGAAAUACGUGGAUCUGGCUGCCCGGCUUGAUGCACAGCCGCCUAUUUCUGUGCGUUCCGUCACGUUUGAUCCUCAAAACAGUGUUGUUUUUCCGCCUACGAAUGGGUCUGCAACAACGAAGUAUUUUGCAGGUCCAAGGUGCCACUAUAUUCUUCCUGGUGUUGGCGAGAAUGUGCCGUAUCAAGCGCCAGAGACGUUUGCGAAUGCGAUAUUUGCUGUGAAUGGUUUACCCUUGAAUGGAAAAGAUUAUUAUUCCUGUCCGCAGUCACUAUGA